CAUAGUCUCCCCCUCUAGUACAUAUCAGUAGCAGAGAUAAACACGAGUGCCCUGGCAGUGACCAAGCCGCAUGUGAUCACUAUUACAAAUUCUCCUCUUACUAUUCAUUUCGUCGUUACACUACAUACAUCCUGUUUAUGGUGCUGAAGACAGGCGGCCGCUUCACGUUUGACAUGAUGCCAAGCAGUAUCUAAUUGGCUGUUCUACACACAAUAUAUAAGUUGCCUAGUACUCACGCAUCUUGUCCACUCAACCUUUCUCUACGAUUACUUCUUCUGCGAGUAACUAUUCUUACAAGCCGGGAUAAAGCCAUGGAGCACACGUCGCCACUUAUCAUCAGGCCGUACGAAAUGGAUACCUUCGCUCAAUUCCCAGAUCUCCCUGCUGAGCUGCGUAUCAAGAUCUGGCAAUUCGCUAUACCAGAAACAAGAGCAGUCGUUAUUAAGUCACCCUAUUCACGCAGAACUUCACCUACUUCGCUAGAUAAGGUAUUGCCACAAGGCCUCGAUGCUUCAGAGACGUGGUAUUCCACCACAACGGUGCCUGCUCUUUUACACGUCAAUGCUGAAGCUCGACACGAAGCCUUGAAACAUUAUUCGCUAUCUCUUGGCGUUGGAAAAGCUGAGCCGAGAGUAUACGUCGACUUCAAUCGUGAUACUCUAUUCUUUGGAGACUCGGAAUUGACGCCAGAGUGCUCAACGCUCUGGACUAAGACGAAAGACUUUGAAAAGAUCGAACAUCUCGCAAUUGUCCCCGAAAGCGCAUGGAGGGCGAUACAGUGGACCAAGGAUGUCGACCUUGCUUCUCUACAAACCUUAAUCUUCGUUCACGACACCGAGAAGACGAAGCUCGGACGCCUGCCUCAGCUAGUGGUAGAUGAACUAUCAGGGACCAGGGUAGGCCUCCAGCUUGGACUUGAACAGCAGGUGCAACAAUUAGAGGACGCCAUUACAGGGGCACAGUUUGAAGUCGAGAGCCCCGUGAAACAACGCAUACAAGCAGCGAGGGAGGAGCUUGACACGCUGAAGAUGGUGUUACCAGUGCGGUGGGGGAGGGAAGUAAUGGUUUUAACAGCGGUGUUCAGGGAGGUAGGGGCUUGAACUAUACCCUGCUUCUGUUCAUGUAUCAUGCAUUUCUGAAAAGUUUGGAUACCCAAUUGAUAGCGUUGCUUUCCCCUUCAUCAGCUCAUGAUGUGAACAACAGCAUUGGUGACAUGGUCACGUAUGAAGGUAAAAUGAAAUAAGAACAGUUUAGUCGGA